UGAUGAUGGUUGCCAUUGCCAUUGUUCCAAAAUCCCCAUCCUUUGGUAGUAGCAGCAGCUAUUUUUUAAAUUGGAUGAUGCAAAAAGGCAAAUUGUUGAUUAAACCACCUUCUUCUUCUUCUCUUCACACGAAUUCCCUCUAGUACUCGUCCAAGCAGAGGAGGAGUAGAAGAGGACAGACCAAGACAAGAGAAACAUAGAAGAACAAAGAAACAGGUCUGUUUUUAAAAACCACCAUUUUCUCUUUUAUUUAUUUAUUUAUUUUUCCUGGGAAUACUUAGUUGGUACGAGGAAACACAGAGAACAAAGUCCCAAGUAGCAGUGUGAGGAGGAAAGAGAAAGGUGGCACCAAAAUCAAUCUCAGAUCUCACAAUCAGCACCACCCCAGAUCCCAUCUGAUUGCUUUGUUCAUUCACAAGUCUGGAUUUUUAGUCUUAAUUUUUGGUCAAAGUUUUAUGGCUUCUUCAUCUGGGAAUCCUAAUCAGCAGCAGCAGCCACAACCACAACAACUACAACAACAAAAUUUUGAUUUCAAUAAGCUUUUCAAAGCACCAACAACAUCAUCACCCUCUAUCCCUAAUCCUUCAAAUUUGAACUCUUCUCCAUCAUUCCCUGCUCCUUCUCCUUCCACACCCCCUCCUUCUUCUUACCCUACCCCUUCUUCCUCUUACCCUCCACCAACUGGCACAUACCCUUAUCACCACCCUCACUUUCUCCCCUAUCCAGCCCUUCACCACCACCACCACCAACAACAACAACAACAACACCAAGAACACCCCCUUAUCCUUCACCAUCUUCCUCAAAUGCAUGCCCCUCAAAGACCCUCUAUUUUUCAACCCUCUUCUCCCUCUCCCUCCUCCCCACACCUUCCUUCAUCCCCCAAUCCCCCCACUGGUGCACGCCUCAUGGCCUUGUUGGGAACCCAAAAUCCUCCCUCCAAUCAGGAACCAUCAUCGGUUGUGUACUCAUCUCCAUCACCAUCACCUGUGGUUUCUGAUUUCUCAGUGCCACCAGCCUCCACACAGCAGCCCUCAGGGUCUCCUGUGAAUCUGGCUAGUCCUCAGUCCACACCAACCAGGAUGCUCAGCACCAAACUGCCCAAGGGGCGCCACUUGAUCGGAGAGCAUGCUGUGUAUGACAUUGAUGCGAGGGUGCCUGGGGAGGUGCAGCCUCAGCUUGAAGUCACUCCUAUCACCAAGUAUGCCUCGGAUCCAGGCCUCGUGCUUGGCCGCCAAAUUGCAGUGAAUAAGUCUUACAUAUGCUAUGGACUCAAACUCGGGGCCAUCCGGGUGCUUAAUAUCAAUACUGCAUUGAGAUAUUUGCUUCGGGGCCAUACUCAGAGAGUAACAGACAUGGCUUUCUUCGCCGAGGAUCUUCACCUGUUGGCUAGUGCUAGCACGGAUGGGAGAAUAUUUGUAUGGAAAAUCAAUGAGGGCCCUGACGAGGACGACAAGCCUCAAAUUACUGGAAAAGUUAUCCUAGCACUUCAAAUAUUAGGGGAGAGUGAGUCAGUUCAUCCACGAGUAUGCUGGCAUCCCCACAAACAAGAAAUUUUAAUGGUUGCUAUUGGAAACCGUAUCCUCAAAAUUGACAGCAUGAGAGCUGGAAAAGGUAAAUUUUUUUCUGCAGAGGAGCCUCUCAAAUGUUCCAUUGAUAAGUUGAUUGAUGGGGUGCAACUUGUUGGUAAGCAUGAUGGCAAUGUCACCGAGUUGUCAAUGUGCCAAUGGAUGAAGAGUCGAUUAGCUUCAGCAUCAGCUGACGGCACGGUGAAGAUAUGGGAAGAACGUAAGGCAACACCACUUGCUGUCAUAAGACCACAUGAUGGUAAACCUGUUAAUUCUGUGACGUUCUUGACUGCUCCUCACCGCCCUGAGCACAUUGUUCUUAUCACAGCGGGGCCACUAAAUCAAGAAGUGAAGAUUUGGGUUUCUGAUAAUGAGGAAGGCUGGCUAUUGCCUAGUGAUUCUGAGUCAUGGAAUUGUAUUCAGACUUUGGAUAUAAGAAGUUCGUUUGAAGCCAACCCUGAAGAUGCAUUCUUUAAUCAAGUUGUAGCAUUGUCCCGUGCUGGUCUGUAUCUGCUUGCAAAUGCCAAGAAAAAUACAAUAUAUGCUGUUCACAUAGAGUAUGGAUCCAAUCCAACUGCUACACGCAUGGAUUACAUUGCUGAGUUCACCGUCACAAUGCCUAUAUUAAGUCUUACUGGAACUAGUGAUAGUUUACCAGAUGGUGAGCAUAUAGUACAGAUAUAUUGUGUCCAAACACAAGCUAUUCAACAGUAUGGACUCAAUUUGUCACAAUGUUUGCCUCCACCCCUGGACAAUGUUGAACUUGAGAAAACAGAAUCCCAUCUAUCUCGUGCUUUUGAUGCUUUGGAUGGAUCAAUGGAAACUGGAAAUAUGCCACAAGUUCUUUGUGGCAGUUCUGAAAGUGCUCCUGUUGUGAGCGUUGCUGUAAAUUUGCCUUCAUCAGAUAUUUCUGGGUUACCUGAAGCUUCUAUAUCUUCGAUAUCAGAUUCAGAGACCAAGUCAAAUGAUUUACCUCCUCGUAAUGGUUUUGAACUUGUGCACUCUGCUUCACCUCCACUUCCUCAGAGUCCAAGAUUGUCCCCGAAGUUAUCUGGUUUAAAAAAUUCAUCAAAUAAUUUAGAGACUAGUUCAACAAGUGCUGAUCACAGCAGCGAGCAGACAAAUCUUGAUUCUUCUGCUGAACAGAAAGUGGAAUCUAAAAAAGAUAUGGCAGAUGUACCUGGAUCAGGUGACAAUUUGCGAAAGGAUGAUAAAGUUGUUCAAAGUGAUGUUUCUGUGGUUUCUAAUGCCCCUACAACAUAUAAACACCCAACCCAUUUGGUUACUCCAUCUGAGAUAUUCUCUAAUGCUGCUUUAUCUUCUGAUAAUUCUCAUAAUUCUCAAGGUAUGAACGGUCAAGAUGUGGCUGCCCAUAGAGAUGCAGAAAACUCUCAAGUAGAUGUUGAAGUUGUAGGGGAGACAGAUUCUAUUCAAGAAAAUACUGAGUAUGAAAGAGACAGAGACUCACACACAAAUGUUGCUGAGAAGAAAGAGAAGUUAUUCUAUUCUCAGGCCUCCGAUCUGGGUAUUCAGAUGGCUAGAGAGACCUAUAACAUAGAGGGAGCUUGUCAAGCUGAUAAUAUUAAGACCAUCAAUGCACCUGAUCAAAGUGGUAACUCUGUUGAGGAAGAAAUUCAAGACACAAGUAAGGAUGUACCUGCAAACAUCAGUGAAUCAGAAACUGUGGCUGCUGCUGUGCAAUCUCCUGCACCUUCUGUGAAAGGUAAAAGACAAAAAGGCAAAAAUUCUCACGUGUCUGGUGCAUCUUCCACUUCUCCCAGUCCUUUUAACUCAACAGAUUCAUCAAAUGAUCAAGGUGGCAAUUCAGGAGGGUCAUCCAUGGAGGCUGCUUUGCCACAGUUAUUUGCUAUGCAGGAGAUGAUGAGCCAGUUAUUAAGCAUGAAUAAAGAAAUGCAAAAGCAGAUGAAUGCAAUGGUUUCUGUCCCAGUUACUAAGGAAGGCAAAAGAUUGGAAGGAUCCUUGGGUCGAAACAUGGAGAAAGUUGUCAAGGCUCACACUGAUGCUUUGUGGGCUCGAUUGCAAGAAGAAAAUGCAAAGCAAGAGAAGUUAGAGCGAGACCGUACACAGCAAAUAACAAAUUUGAUCUCCAAUUAUGUAAACAAGGAUAUGGUAUCUAUAUUGGAAAAAAUCAUUAAGAAGGAAAUAUCUUCAAUUGGAACAACCAUUACUCGUUCAAUUAGUCAAGUUAUAGAGAAAACUAUAUCAUCAGCUAUUACAGAAUCAUUCCAGAAGGGGGUGGGAGACAAGGCAUUGAAUCAACUAGAAAAAUCAGUUAGUUCAAAACUUGAAGCUACAGUGGCUAGGCAGAUACAGGCACAAUUUCAAACCUCUGGCAAGCAAGCUCUUCAGGAAGCACUCAAGACUAGUGUGGAAGCUUCAGUCGUUCCUGCAUUUGAGAUGUCUUGCAAGGCUUUGUUUGAGCAAAUUGAUAUCAAAUUUCAAAAUGGACUUGUGAAGCACACAACUGCUAUUCAACAGCAGUUUGAUUCUACUCAUUCUCCACUAGCCAUGACUUUGAGGGAUACAAUUAAUUCAGCAUCAUCAAUCACACAAACUUUGAGUGGACAAUUGGCUGAUGGCCAACGUAAACUGCUAGCAAUUGCAACUAAUUCCAAAGUAGCUGCAGAUCCCUUUGUAGCGCAAAUCAACAAUGGCUUGCAUGAGAUGACUGAGGAUCCUACCAAAGAACUAUCAAGGUUGAUAAGCGAGGGCAAAUUUGAGGAAGCAUUUACGGGAGCCCUUCAUAGAAGUGACGUUUCGAUAGUUUCUUGGUUAUGUUCUCAGGUUGAUUUAGCCCGUAUUUUGGCAAUGGUGCCACUGCCAUUAAGCCAAGGAGUACUUCUGUCUCUUCUGCAACAGUUGUCCUGUGACAUCAAUACAGAGACACCCAAAAAAUUGACAUGGAUGACAGAUGUGGCUGCUGCUAUAAACCCGGCAGAUCCAAGGAUUGCAGCACAUGUGCGGCAAAUAUUAGAUCAAGUGUCCCGAACACUGGGCCAUCAUCGGAUUUUACCAACUACCUCCCCUUCAGAAGCGAGCACAAUUCGCCUUCUCAUGCAUGUCAUAAACUCGGUCUUGUUGAGCUGUAAAUGACAUUGUUGUAUUUUUAUCAUCUGUGCAGAAAGUGUUGAGUAUCAACUUUGGUUUGUAUAGAUAUUUAGAUAGUUUGGAGAGGGGGGAUGAAGUGAACUACUGUAUGUAGUUGUUUUGGUACAAUUGAUUUGUGUGAAAUAGUUUCACUUUUUUUUUGUAUGCUUAAUUGUUUACAUUUUGCCCUGGCCCCCUCCUCCUUAGGUUGUCUUUACACUUUAUAGAGAUAUUAUUAUUGCCUUCACCCUGAUGGACAAGGAAAAGUGUGACAUCCUCAUGCAAAGAAGUCAGCAUUGCAAUGACAGUUAUUUCCAAGCUGCCUUUGGAGUGUAAACAAAACUCCAGGGUAGGCAGCAGUUGAGGCUGGGAGUGGCUGUAGCAAGUAUUGACUGGUCAUUGUAUCCUGCUACAGCAGGCUUGGCCUUGUAAAAGAUUUUGUGAUUCUUAAUAGUUGAGAACAUGGGAGUGGCUUCAGAGGCUGUAUUGUUUUGCUAGGAUAUUUUAUGUGGGUUGAUUCGGGUGGCAGUUUCCUAUAGAGGUAGUUAAGAAUGUCCGCAACAUUUCAGAUUAUGUAAACUUUAUACUAAAUAUAGCCACAGUAGCAAAUUGAGUUUGACUUGAGA